AAUACCAUCCAUAUAUUGGAUGUGUACAUGGAACAGCAGACUUUCUUCAAAAACAUCAUUACAGCUCGGUUAAAGGCCAUACUUCAAUUGAUAUUGACUUCCUAGAGCAGUUGUUCAAUGAUUCGAUCCUGCCAUCUCAGGAAGAGUGCGCUGUUAUUGAGCCACUAACAUCUCGUCGAAAGUAUUGUGUUGAUCCUCAAGAUUGUCCUUAUGUUGUCUUCACAUCUCAGGGAAUCCAUAAACAUCCUCCUCCUCCUCCACAUAAGCCACCAGAGCUUAUUCUAAGAGGGGUUCAGAACAUAAUUAGGCAGAUGAGAAACCCAAGCCUAACUCGAGCUCAAUUUCUGCGAAGUCCAGAACUAGAGGCUUUUUGUUCUCAGUAUAAUGCCUCUACACCUGCGGAAAUACACACAUCUUUUUCAAAUCUAGAUCGCAUCUCUGCUAUCAUACAGAAACAACGACUGCUGUCAUACCCAGCUGGUCAGGGCUACAAUGGGGUCUUGUAUAUAUAUAAUACAAAUCCAUUUAUCAGGGAAUACAUUCAAGAGAAGUAUUUUGAUAGUGAGGGUAUAAUGAUUCUGUGUGCUUUUAAAGAGCAAAUCCAGCUCUUGAGUCAAUUAUCUUCUUUUGAACUAACUAGUUACUUACUAGUUGUAAUAGUCAUCACCCUUUUCCGAGUUUUCACAAAUCAGGAAACAACUGAGGGCUAUUAUCUCCUGUUUAAGAGAGUAUUCUCUCUUAUUCAAAAGGUCACUGGAGAUGCUAUUAAGUUUAGUUCUAUACAUUCCACUGGAAUAUAUGGUAUUGUUGUGGACAUGGAUACUAAACAGUAUACUGGCCUUGGGCGCUUCCUUCAAGAAAUUGAUCCUCUCCGCCGACCGAUACUCUGGCAAUUAAAGGGAAUAAUUAUUUUUUGCCGUGUUCAUUUUUUUCGAACUAUCACUGAAGCAGUGGGGAAUAAUAAUAGAGGGUCAGGAAUAUGGAAUCGAAUGGCAGCUCUGAUUGACUGCAAGUCUGAAGAUGAUUAUGAUCAGUUGUGUGAUUUAUUGAUCAUUCAUGAAGAGCCAAAGGUACAGGCUUGGGCAGAGCAUAAGAGGCAACCAAUUAUUAAAGCUGGCCUUAAUAAAAGCUGCUCUAAUAUUCCUGCCUCUAUCUAUGAUUCAAUUCGGAAUCAUACUAAUUCAGCUGAACAAUCUCAUCACAAGGCUAAUGCAGCAGGAAAGCGAUUGACAUUAGUAGCAGCAAUCCAAAAUUCUGCAAAACUUGAUAAACAUGAUGUUCUUCAAUAUAUAAAUCGGACUCGCUUUGGGAUUCACCAUUCAUAUCGAACAGCAAAUAUGGAAGUUAAUUAUUUACGACACAUGGCACGGGAAGAAUCUCAAAAGCGUCGUCGCUCAUCCUCAGCUCAUUUAUCAAUGGACUCUCAACAAGAACCACAACCUCAAAGAUUUCGAUCCCAAUCACGGGUUUCAGGGUACGCAUUUUCUAAUCAAUCGAUAACCAGUUACUAA